AUGGCGCAGUUAUUUUCUCCACUCCUUCUAUCUAUCUAUCUAUCUAUCUAUCUAUCUAUCUAUCUAUCUAUUAACUCUAUCUAUCUAUCUAUCUAUCUAUCUAUCUAUCUAUCUAUCUAUCUAUCUAAUUAUCUCAGUUUGUUCAUAAAAAAAAUCUGUUCAUUUCUAUUUAUCUAUCAUAUUCUAUCCAUAUCUAUCUCAUAUUUGUUCAUAUAUCAAUCUGUUCAUACCUAUCUAUGUCUGUUCAUUCCAAUGUAUCUACUUCAUUCUGUUUCUAUCUAUCUAUCUAUCUAUCUAUCUAUCUAUCUAUCUAUCUAUCUCAGUCUCUUUAUACUUAAAUCCAUUCAUUCUAAUCUAUCUAUCUAUGUAUCUAUCUCUGUUCAAAUCAAUCUAUCUUCGUCUAUCUAUCUAUCUAUCUAUCUAUAUGUCUGUCUAUCUAUCUCUCUAUCUAUGUGUAGUUCUCAAUCUUCAGCUGACAGAGGUUUAUAUGUGGAGGAAAUCAGUGCGAAACAAACUCACUACAGCAGUAAUCAUAUACUAACCAAAUGCGAUGAACUUCCUCCUAGGCUAAAAUGUCUGUAUUUAAGUUUGCAGUUGUGCCCAGCUGAGCAGAGUCCCACGUCUAGACAUAAUUUUCCCGCUCUCUAA